AUGGGAUACAAAAACAACAAAGGUCCUCAAAACCAUGAUUCAACUCUCUCUCUCUCUUUCUCUCUCUCUCUAUAGAUAGACUUAUGUAAACUUCUUUCAAUCAUUCUUCUACUUAAUCAAGAGUGGGAAGACCCCCCAAAGUUCCUAAAAGAACAAGCUAAUAAGGCCUUGUUUGUUUGGGAGAGAUAGAUUCAAGAAAAUUGUAUAAAGUUAGAGAGAAGAAGAAGGCUGGAGCUAGCUAGAAGGUGAUCAAGAAGGUGAAAGUGAAAGUGAAAGAGAAGAUAAUUGAAUUGAGAGAAGAGAUCAGAUGAAUAGAGGUGUUUUGCAGAGUUCAUCACUACCAGUACAGCAAAUGAUGGGUGGUGGAAGCCCUAACUGGUGGAGCAUCAUCAAUAAUACCAUGAGGCCUCCUUUACCCCAUCAUCAACUCCACCACCACCACCACCAACCGCCGCCUCCUCCUCCUUUCUUGGCUCCUCUCCCCACUCUCUUCCCUUCCCCGCCACCGCCCACCGCCACCCCUUCCCUCCCGCCCUUAUCCGCCUCCUCGUGGACCGAUAACAACCACCAUGAACACCAGCUUCCAGAGUCAUGGAGCCAGCUUCUCUUGGGAGGGUUGGUGGGUGAAGAAGACAAAUCUGGGUUUAGCGGUAUGAUGCAGCAAGGCGUUAAGAACAAGCUGGAGAAUUGGGAGCAGCAGCUACUUAGCCACGCCUCCGCCUCCGCCGCCGCCAUGGUUUACGACGUAAAACAAGAAAACCCAACAAACACCUACGUCUACGGCGGCGGCCAUGGCGGAAACGUGGAAUUUCCGGCCAAGUCUUGCGUCACAUCCUUAAGUAGUAAUAACAUGUUGGAUUUCUCUAACAAGUCCGAUGCUAGACAUCCUCCCCCUGAUCACUCUUCCGAGUGUAACAGCACUGCUACUGGUGGGGCACCUACUAAGAAGGCUAGGAUUCAACCUUCUUCAACUCAAUCCACCUUCAAGGUGAGGAAGGAAAAAUUGGGAGAUAGAAUUACUGCCCUUCACCAACUAGUUUCUCCAUUUGGGAAGACUGACACUGCUUCUGUCUUGUUAGAAGCUAUUGGGUACAUUAGAUUCCUUCAAAGCCAGAUUGAGGCCCUUAGCUUGCCCUACUUGGGCAAUGGAUCAGGAAAUAACAUGAGGCAUCAACAACAGUCAUUUGUGCAAGGUGCAGAGAGGAAUAGUUUAUUCCCUGAAGACCCUGGUCAGCUCUUAAAUGACAACUGUUUGAAGAGGAAAGGAACAUCUGAUCAUCAUCAGCCGCAGGAUGGUGAUGAAGAAGCAAAGAAGGAUUUGAGGAGUAGAGGGUUGUGUCUUGUGCCGAUAUCAUGCACGCUUCAAGUCGGGAGUGAUAACGGGGCGGACUAUUGGGCUCCGGCGGCUUUCGGGGGAGGAGGUUUCCGAUCAUGAAACUUAAGAUCAUAUCAGAUCAGAGUACAAAAUUAAAACUACGUAUAAUGUGGUUACAUUACGUUAAGUUGAUUAUUAUCCCACGUUGCGUACAGCACACUAAAAAUUAUUAACCUACUAGGGAAUUAGCUAGAGAAAUUAUAUUAGCUAUAACAUCAUGAGCAGUCAAUCUGCUAAGAUUCCAAGGCUGAUUGCUCAUGAUGCUAUACAUUCUUAGUAUGUUCGGAUAAUUUUAGGUGUGCUGUAUUAAUUAUGUAUAAUUAUUAUUAUUAUUAUGUAUUAUUAAUUCUGAUCGAUCUUUCACAACUAAUUAAGUCAUUAAGAUCAUUAUCCUAUCA